GUUGAUCUCCGCUGCGACGAGCUCGGGUCAGACGAUUUAGUUGUGUAAUUGACGACGACUCUAGCACCGAGUUCAGCGAGAUUUUUUUAUUUUUAAUAUCCAGAAGCCCAGACACUCUGUCUAACCGGGAAUCGCGAACACGGAAAGAGCAUACACAUCACAAGACGCGCGCGAGAAGAAGAGGGAGCGUGUUCUGCACCGAUCCACUCCGGAGCUGACACGUGUCGAAGAAUGCCCCAACAUGUUUUGCUGUCGUCUACCGAAUCAGUUUCAUCUCAAACAGAGGCUGGUACUGAAGAAUUCACUGUCCAGCCGGAGAGCAGCGAAGAAGUUAACAAAAAUCAGGUGAUGCAAAUAGUUGUUUUGCCUUUUGCUAAGGAGUCAUCGUUUUGGAAGGAACUUGAAACAAGAGAAGUCUUCCAGAGAGCACCACCACAAGCUCCUCAUUUCAGCCCAUUGGUUGGGGAAAGUGAAGUGUUCCGUGAAGGUCAAGCCCUUGGUAUGAUGCUCACCUUUUCCAAGCUGACGUUCUCAUGGCCAGCUAGAUAGCCUCAAAGCGUCCUUUGCCAAGCUGAAGAAACACGGUUUCAAUGUUUCUGCGCCUCUGACACGGAUCAACGAACUGUUGGCUCUCAAAGAUAGACAACAAAAGGCAAUAGAGAUGAGAAAAAUGGUCUAGACAAAGAGGUAAUGGCUCUUAAAGAAGAGUUUGGUGAGAUGGAACACAAGAUUAUUGAGCUGGAGAAGCAACAAGUGGAUCUGAAAGAGAAGAUAUGUCAGAUGGAGUCAUGUGCAAGAGAGCGUGGGGUAGAGCUUGACAAUCUCGAGUCUGAGUUCAAAGCAACUUCAUCUGCUUCCUGAGGGAAACAAAAAUGGGGAGAAACCUGGGUUCAGCGUUUAGACAAGAGUUGGCUAACCUUGACAAAGAUCCAGAUACUAACAAGACUGCAAUGAGCAACUUGAGAACCAUUGUGAAAGAUCUGGAUGCAAAAGCUCUACAUGUGUUUCUCAAUCAACUUUCUGAAACAAAAGAGAUCGGUUCUGACUCUGGUGGUGGGUACACGGUUUCUCUCUUUGAAGACCUUGCACGUGCCCACGGAGUCAAAAUCUCUCCCCAUGUGGAAACAAUCAUGCCGGUUAUCGUAAGGACGCUGAGCUCUUGUGAAGGGGCGUUAAGUGUUCAACAGGCUUGCUCGAAGGCGGUUGCUGCUAUUGCUAGAUACGGAAUCGAUCCUGCAACGGCGGAAGACAAGAAAAGGAAUGUGCUCCAUUCUCUUUGUAAACCUCUCUCUGACUCUCUUUUAGACUCUCAGCAUCUUGCGUUGGGCACUUCUCUCUGCUUGAAGUCGCUUGUGGACUGCGACAGCUGGCGUUACGCUUCCGGUGAGAUGGUUAAUACCCUUUGCCAAAGCUUAGCUGUUGCUCUUGAAGCCGCCUCGAGCGAAGCUGAGUCUCACAUGGCGCUUGUGAUAGCUCUCGCUAAGCGCAAUGCUUUUACAGUUGAGGCGUAUGCGAAGCUUUUUGUGAAGUCUGGUCUGAGGAUUUUGGAGUUGGGCGUUGUGGAGGGUGAUGCUCAGAAACGGGUUUUGGCUGUGCAGGUGCUUAACUUCCUGAUGAAGUAUCUGAACCCCAAGAGUAUGUCUUCUGAGGUGGAGCUUGUGUUGCAAGAGAUGGGGAAGCACGUGGAUGAUGAGGUGUAUUUUGUGAGAGUAGCUGUUCAUGAGACCUUGGGUACAGCAGAGAGAUUGAUAAGAGAGGCAGAUCAAGUGUUCAAUGGUGUUGAAGAUGAUAACAUGGAGACAGUUUGCUUCCAUCAGAGGAGCAGAAGCUCUGAGUUUAACGAAUCCUUUUGCUCAAUGAGCAAUCAAUCGAGAAGGUCGAGGCGAAACAGGAAGAAGAGACGGUCGGAACGUAGCAGGCACGGUUUCAGACAAGAUUCGUUCACCGAACUACUAGAGAACAGAGAGCAGCUAAGGCAGUAUAGUGAAAGCUCAUCAUCAUCAUCGAUACAUGACAGGUCUGGUACUACUACUCCAACAGAAGACGUGUGUGAGAAACUAAAGUCAGAGGACAAAGUUAAGACAGAAGAGACUGUAACAAGAAGCAAGAAGAGUGUGUUGAGAUGGGGUUUGAGUUUCUUCUCUGUUGUGGUUGCAGGGUUUGCUUCCUCCUUCAUGUGGGUGCAUCUGCGAGAUGAUAUGAUGAUGAUGCCUCCUCAUCUUGUUCCUACUUGAAGCGCACCAAGUGAUGAACAUAGAAAAAGCUUAAGAGGACUUACGUAGGUUCGGAUUGUGUGGAUCUUCUGUCAAUGUGUGGAUCUUUUGUCUUUUCACUCUCAAAAAGGAACUUGUACCAAUGUCAUUGACUAAUA